GUUUCCCCGGAGUGCGGGGAAGCGUGCUGUGGAUGCCAGAGAGCAGGUGAUCAGCUAUAUAUAUCAGAGUGCGAGAGAGCACCCCAAAGGCAGUCUCCCAGUAAUAAUAAUGUCAUUGAUUUGAGCUCUAAGUAUCAACGCAGCUCUCUGAAAAUUAGAUGUACCACUGACCACCACGAGGAGGCUGGGGAUGAAGACCUAGUCUUAGGAUGGGCACGGAGGUGGCAUUAUGGCGGAGUCCCAUGAUUCCAGGUGCACAGAAAAAUGGUACUCUUGGUGGAUCUUAUUGUGAAGAGCAUGGUGGCUGAGUAGCUGAGAAGUCCUCCCUCUGACAGAAAAUGGCACACCCCAGCAGCAACAGCACGAUGAAUCAAGCCAGAAAUGGAGGCAGGCAUUUCAGUAACACUGGACUGGAUCGGAACAGUCGAGUUCAAGUGGGUUGCCGGGAGCUGCGUUCCACCAAAUACAUCUCCGAUGGCCAGUGCACCAGCAUCAGCCCCCUGAAAGAGCUGGUGUGUGCUGGUGAGUGCUUGCCCCUGCCGGUGCUGCCCAACUGGAUAGGGGGAGGCUAUGGAACCAAGUACUGGAGCAGGAGGAGCUCCCAGGAAUGGAGGUGUGUCAAUGACAAGACACGUACGCAGAGAAUCCAGCUUCAGUGCCAAGAUGGCAGCACGCGCACCUACAAAAUCACAGUGGUCACCGCCUGCAAGUGCAAGAGGUACACUCGGCAGCACAAUGAGUCCAGUCAUAACUUUGAGAGCAUGUCGCCUGCCAAGCCAGCCCAGCAUCACAGAGAGCGGAAAAGAGCCAGCAAAUCCAGCAAGCACAGCCUGAGUUAGAACUCAGACUUUCGACACCAGACUGGCUAGUAACCAUCUGCUUUACAGAUCUGAUUGCUUGGAAGACUCAAGCCUGCCAUUGCUGUUUUCUUACUUGAAAAUAGAUGCUUUGUGCUUUGAUCAAACCCACCAAGCUGUCCUAAGUAUCAGGACCUUCUCUGGGAAUAGCUUUUCUUUUUCAAGUUUUUCAAGAUGUAUGCAUAUCCUUGAGUGCAAUUUGCAUUUAAAUUCCAUGCAACCUGUAGUUUUAAUUCCCCAUGGUUCUCGAAAGACUGGUGAUACUAUAUACAUCACUGAAUCAUUACUUUUUAAAGCAGAAAAGGGCUUCUUGGUUAUCCUCCACUCCCCAGCCCAUCCCCCACCCCACACCAUCCCCAGCAAAACCCUUUCAUAAUUAAAGAGUUAAAAAAAAUAGUUGCCAUGAAUCUUCACAGUAACACUUCAGAAAGGUGCUUUUUUUUUUUUUUUGGUAAUUUUCAUGGGAAGUUUAGCAGCCAUGAGUGAUCUCCUUUGAAAGAGUGAAAGAUAUUGUGACAUUUCACUUCAAAAAUAAGCCCUGUAGCUUUUUACAGUCUCAUAGUAUGAAAUUAUACCCUGCAUGCUGACCCUUGCUUACAAUGGAAUGCCAGAAAUGCAUGGCAGCAGCUAAUAAGUAAAACUGAUGAACUAUUUAUUUGUCAAUGUUAUUAUUUAAUGAGCUUUCACAUGUGAUUUUUUUUCAAACUGUUAAUUUUUUAUGUUUUGAAGCUUUUCCAUGUACCUAAAUAUUUUCCUGUAUGAUUUGUGGUUGAUCUAGAAAUAUGAGAAUACAUGUAGAUAUGUAAAAUAAAUAUUUUAGUCUCCUUUUUACAUAUAUGUUUUAUCAUGAACUUUAUCAAUAGUAUGGAUCCUUUUAAAUCAAUAAGAUGCUUUGUAAAACUGAAAUAUGUAAUACCUUUUUGUUUAAUCUGUGCAAUCCGAAGGUGAUUUAACCUUCAAUUCCAUCAGUUUCUUUUAACGAAAAUAAACACUGCUAAAAGUU